CUGAACUGCUCAGACAUGAUCCUUCCUAAACAAAAGGUCUAUCUGAGUUCUUCAACAAAAGAAGAAAAUGUAGAGAUAAGCCCUGAUGUCAAGCAAAAGUCUUGGCUCACUGCUGAGAUCCAAAAGACCAUGAGGAGAAACUUGGAGAUAUUUAAGAACCUGAUGAAUUCAAAGGACUGUAAACCAGCUAAGUUUAUUGUGUCCUCAAAGGAAAUUGUGAAUAAUCCUGGUUCCUGCAUUCUUCUGUAUGAAAGUGAAUGUGAUGAAGCUGUUUGCUUUACUCCUCCAUCCAAACCAGUCUGUCCAAUCACUGAAGAGGUCAAAGGUCAGAGUGUGGUUCUGAAGGUGGUUCCUUCAUCAUGUCCUGCGACAGUGGAGCUCAGAUUACUGUAUAAAGCAAAGCAGGACACAGUCUGGACAUCUGAACCUGUGCUGAAAGAUCAAGACACAGUUACUCUGACUGAUCUGAGAGAAGAAACUGAGUAUGAGAUCAGAUGUGCAGCGGCGGGGAAACUCAACUACACCACAGAGAGUAACGUGAUCACAGUCAAGACGGGGAGAAAUAUGAGGAGCAGUGCAGUUACAUUGUAUAGGUGCAGCUGGAGCUGGAGGCCGUGGAGAAGCAGAUCCGCGACCUGGUGGAGAAGCAGGCCCAGCUGAGAGAGCGGAGAGCCGCGCUGGAAACAUCCCGGGCUGAUGCUCACAAGUCCGGGGUAAGUAUACUGCGCGCUGCUAACACUCCCACCACCUCUACUCCGUGUGUUUCUCUGCACAGGCCCUGUGCACCCAGGACGCAAUCUUCCCAGGUGUCCUUCACUCCGGCGCCGGGACACCACGGACCUUGGGUGCACCAGCAGCGGAAGACGCGAGCCAGGCCCCGGGUGAUGACCUCUCCCCCUCCGCCGCCUCCGGUCUUCGAGAUCUCCACCCGGAACCGCGGAGGACGGAACGCGACGCUGUGAUCGUCGGAGACUCCAUCGUCCGGCACGUCCGUGCUACGUUAGCUGAAGGUAAAGUGCACACUCACUGUUUCCCUGGUGCUCGUGUUCUCAAUGUUUCUGCGCAGAUACCCGUGAUCCUGAAGGGCGACGAGGGCGUCGGCGCUGUCGUGCUGCACGCGGGGGUUAACGACACCAAGCUGUGGCAGACGGAGACACUGAAGAGGGACUUCAGGAGCCUGAUCGAGACGGUACGCAGCACAUCGCCCGCAACGAUGAUCAUCGUGUCAGGACCGCUUCCCACGUAUCGACGAGGACACGAAAGGUUCAGUAGACUUUUUGCUUUAAACGAAUGGUUAUUGUCAUGGUGUAAAGAACAGAAACUGCUCUUUGUUAAUAAUUGGAAUCUUUUCUGGGAGCGUUCUAGGCUUUUCCGUGCUGAUGGCCUGCACCCCAGCAGAGUCGGAGCCGAACUCCUGUCGGACAACAUCUCCAGGACGCUACGCUCCAUCUGACUAGUAGUGAGGAGAUGAUGAGACACAGGAUAUAACUCAAAGUAACAGUCUUUAAUGAAUGACCAAAAGGGAAUACACACGGAACAUGGAAUGACGUAAGGACAAUAGACGUCACUGAACACUGGACACAGGAAACACUGGGCUGAAGGAACAAGGAACUAAUGGAGGAAUUUGCUGUGGUGUUGCCCGUGAGGACCUUUGUGGGGAAACACGGCAUGCGGUUUUCUGAACCUGCCAGUGAUGAGCUUCUCUUCAUCGUGCUGCCCGCGCAACUGGUGAGUUAACGUAAGUUCCUUGCUUUAUUUGUUUAAAUGUGUUUAGUGUCUUAGCAGUUAAUGUAUUUUAUGCAUUUGCAAAUUAUUUGAGUCAUUUUAUCCCGCCUCAUUAAAGGU